AUGGAACAGCUCGAAAAUGGUGAUAAUUCAUUUAAUAACUUAUAUCCUGAAGAAUUGUUAAAUUUAGCAAAUACUCAAGUUGAUAAAGCAAUAUCAAAUGCAUUAAAUUCUUUAACACAUAUUCUUUCAUCUCCAUUUAUUUCUCUUACGACAGCAACAUCAUCUUCUUCAUCUUCAUCCUCAUCGUUUCAAAAUUUAUCAAUUUCACCCGUAAAUCGUUCUCUUCAACCAAAUGUUUCAAUACGAUGUCGAUCAUCAAGUCGAAAUAAUAGACGUGACGGAAAAGUUUCAUUUCAUCAUACAAUUCCACGUUGUUCAUUACCAGCAACAAAAAAUGAUCUUGUUCGAUAUCAGUCACGUUUAUUAUCAUAUCAACAAACAAAUCCAACUAAAUCUAGAUCUUCUCAAAAUGUUAAUUCCAGCUCUUCAAAUCGAACAUUUGAUGUUCAAUAUUCAUUCAGUUUGAAUCAACAAUGGUUAACUAAAAUCGAUAAACAACGACAUAAUUUAAUAAGUAUUCAAAACUUUGUCAAUGAAUUAAUUGAACAUUCCAUACGAGCAGCUUUUCUUCAAAUUGAUUAUCAAAAUAUAACAAAUAAUAGUACAUCAAUCUUUGAAGAUGAUACAUCUUGUCUUCUGUUUGAUUGUUCACCAUCUUAUGCUCCUGUCAAACGUUGUCAACUAAUAAAUUCUUAUGUUGAUCAAUUUAUUCAUUCAACUAUUAAACAAUCAAUUGAAGAUAUAUCGUCUACGAAUGAAAAUCUUAUUGAACGUUUAUCAAAUCGUUUUACCGAAAAUGUCAUAAGUGAUGCUUUAUCAACUAUAACUAUUAAUGAAGUAUAUUCAAAAUCUCUUUUAACUGAUGAUGAAAAACAUUCAAGAAAAAGUAAAAAACGACCUACAACAACAGCAAUACGUUUAAUAAAUAAUGAAAAUAAUGAAUCUCAAACAAGUUUAUUUCAACAAAUACGACAUCGGUCGUCAUCAGCAUUUCGUACCAUAACUAAUAAUAAUACUAGACGAGAAACAGUUGAUUUUAUUGUGAAUAAUCUAGCUCAAAAAAUUUAUACUGAUUCGUUUGAUGAAUUACGACAAAUUUUUACACAAAAUAAUGGCAAAUAA